AUGACAGUAUGUGAUGCCGAGAUUAGGGCUUUGAGAUGCAUAAAUUCAUUCUUGGAAGUUUUUGGUACAAACAUAAAUGAUUUUGGUCUGGUAGAUUUUGACGUAAUUGUGAAUGAUGCUGAUGUGUUAGCAAACAUGAUUUUAGAAGAGAUUACAAAUAUUAAUGUUCAGUGUGACAUUCAUUUUACAGAGAAUUUAAAUAAGGAACAACAAUCUGCCGAUGAUGUUAUUUUAGACUGUGUUGUAAAUAAUAAAAAUGGAGUUUUUUUUAUUGAUGGUCCAGGAGCAACAGCGUCAUCGGGAGUUGCUGCUUCUUUAUUGCCAGCUGGGCGAACUGGUCAUUCACGUUUUAAAAUCCCACUUCAAGCAAGUUCUGAUAUGCGAUAUUCAGUAAGUAAACAAUCAUCACUUGGUCAACUUUUACAAAUGGCAAAGCUAAUUGUGUGGGAUGAAGCACCGAUGAUUAAUAGAUGUGCUUUUGAAGCUUUGGAUAAAAUGUUAAAAGAUAUUACUGAAUGUGAAUUGUCAUUUGGUGGAAAGGUUGUUGUGUUCGAAGGAGAUUUCCAACAAGUGUUGCCAGUAGUACAAAGAGGAACAAAAGAUGAUAUCAUGAAGGCCAAUUUAGUUUUUUCAGAUUUAUGA